GCUGGCCUUUUUUAAGAUUCUCGAAGAAGGACCCUCUGGGAAAGAUGUCAGGGCAAACUUCAUAGUGCUAGGGAAGCACACAGCCUUUCCAAAGGAGUUCUAAAAGUUGCUGCCUUACACCUGGAAGUCACACAUCCUCCUUCAACCAAGGCCCAACAUGGUUUCCAAAACAGUACUGAUAACCGGGUGCUCCUCUGGCAUUGGACUUGCUUUGGCUGUGAAGUUAGCACAGGACAAGCAGAGAAGGUUCAAAGUCAUUGCUACAAUGAGAAACUUGUCCAAGAAGGAAAAGCUGGAAGCAGCAGCAGGGCCUGUCCUCCACAAAACUCUGGAGAUCAAACAGCUGGAUGUCUGCGAUGAGAAAUCCAUCCGCAACUGCAUCAACAGCAUUCCCCAACGGCAUAUUGACAUCCUAAUCAAUAAUGCUGGUGUUGGUCUCAUUGGUCCCAUUGAGUGUCAGUCUAUUGAGGAAAUGAAGGUCAUCAUGGAGACUAACUUCUUUGGUGUGGUGAGGAUGAUCAAGGAGGUCCUCCCUGACAUGAAGAAAAGGAAGAGUGGCCACAUUGUGGUCAUCAGCAGUGUCAUGGGUUUGCAAGGCAUUGUGUUCAAUGACAUCUACACAGCCUCCAAAUUUGCCAUCGAGGGCUUUUGUGAAAGUCUCAUCGUCCAGGCACUCAAGUUCAACAUCUUUGUCAGUUUGAUAGAGCCAGGCCCAGUGGUGACUGAGUUUGAAGUGAAGGUCUAUGAAGAUGCGGAAAAGGCCGAUUACUCUCAGACAGAUCCUGAAACAGCUGAGAUAUUCACCAAUGUCUACCUGAAGAAUUCCAAGGCUAUUUUUUCCAGUUUGGGUCAGACCCCAGAAGAUGUCGCUGAGCACACACUGAAAGUGAUCACCACAACCAAGCCACCCUUUCGACACCAAACCAAUGCCAUCUACACACCCAUGACUGCUCUCAAGCAUGCUGAUCCCACUGGCGUCCUGAUGGCCGACUCUUUCUAUAAGCUCGUCUUCAGAUAUGACACCCUUUUGCACAUCAGCUUGAAAGCCAUUCGGCUGAUCCGCUGGCAAGCCCACAAAAUGAGGCAAGGUGCCAGGUUGUUGGGCUUCAGAUGAGGUGUUUCGGAGGCUUAGAGACCAGAGUUUAAAGCCACUGAGAGACGAGGGAGUGAUGCCAAGAGAUCCCAUCAGAACAGCAUUUCAUGGAUUUGCUUCACUACAGUAAACUUUCUGUCUGCAUCUAAAUUUUUCAAAACACCUGGUUGCAUUGUUGCUAUGUUUACUUUCUUUUUUCACUCCACGUCAGGAGUGGGCAACUGUGGAAGGCUAGAGGACUGCAUUAAACACCCAGGAAAAUUUGGAGGGUUACCCUUCCAAAACUGCCAACAAAAAAACAUUCAAAAGGUUGUUUUGCCCCCAAAUAUCCACGAGGGGGGCAUGGGGGUUAUUUUCACCAUGUUUUAGGGCCUUCUUAUGCCAUUUUAGAACCAGAACAUGCUUGUUUUUAAAUAAUAGGAAAUGAGCAGAAGUCACUUUCUAUUGAACAAAACCUUUUCUUGGGCAUAAAUUGGUCUGGAAUGGGGGAGACAAAAUGUAGUGGAAAUGCCCUCAUUUCCUACAGGGCACUUGGGGGCAAAAAAUCAAUCAAUCAAUGAAUCAAUCAAAAUAUUUUGCAAAUUGUUUUGUUGGUCCUCUGAGAACCACAGGGGCCUCUAAAUUUGGUGGAAAUGCCCACCUCACGCCUAGAGGGUAUUUAAAAAUGAUUUCUGUGGGGUCCUGGAGGCCAUAAAAACAACCCUAUGGGCUGCAUACAGCUUGCAUUCUGCUGUUUGCCCACAUCUAUUACUUGCAUACUUUAACAUUUUGGCUGGAAUCCUGUUGGUUAGUCCUAAGUAGAGUAGACCCAUUUAAUCAUUUGCUUAAUAGUGAGUUGACACAUAGAGAAACCCAAUGGAUUCAGUGGCUCUUCCUAAGCCAAGAAAAACAAUAGAAAAUAAGCCUGUGGUUUUUAAUCUAGAAUCAUGUUGGACCAUUAUGCUUGCAUAAAAAUAAUUGCACAGACAGUUGCACUUUAUCAGAGAUUGUGUAAGUCAAGCUACCUGUGCAGAAAAUGGUUCCACAAGAAUGUAUAAAUAAAACCAGUGGGGAUAUAGUGAAAACUGGAAACCAUUAAGGAACAAAAUGUUAAUGGCUGGGAGGAAACCAAUCCAAGAUUGAUUGAAAAAGACCAGCAGUUGGAGAGACAUUUUGUUGGUUGUGAAAACGGCAAUCCUAAAUCUGCAUUAUGGAGAGUCCCUAUUGAGCUGAAUGGUGUUUACUUUUGAAUCUGAAAAGAUGGAGAUCAUGUAGUUGUAAACAGAAAGCAUGGGACUGUAUGAUAUGAUGUCACACCCAAGUUGUGGGGCAGAUGAGAUUUGGAAUUUUGCAAGAGGAUUUUAGCCCUUCACAGUGAUGCUGAAAAAUCAGUAAAUGGAGCUGUUCUUUAAACCAUAAAGUUUAAGAAAGA